AUGGAAAAAACACUUAACUUCCAAGUCCAAAUGAGUGCACCAGAGAUAAUCCAGCCAGAGAAACUGGGACCAAGAGAAACCAAAUACUUAUCAAACAUUGACGACCAAAUUGGCCUAAGAAACCACAUACCCUUUGUCCAAUUCUAUCUCCCAAGCAAAGCAAUGCAGGGCCAUGACCCUGCAGUGCUGAUAAAACUGGCCUUGUCUAAGGCUCUCGUUUACUACUACCCUAUGGCUGGGCGGCUCAGGAAUUCUGACAAUGGUAAGCUCGUUGUGGAUUGUAAUGGUGAAGGUGUGAUCUUUCGCGAGGCUGAUGCGGAUGUCAAGUUAGCUGAGCUGCGUGAAGUUGAUGGCGGGUUGAGGCCACCGUUUCCUCAGUUUGAUAAGCUGUUAUUUGAUGACAUUUGGGGAAGCAACUCGAUCAGUGAUUCUCCUUUGCUUCGCAUACAGGUAACAAGACUUGCCUGCGGAGGCUUUGUCCUGGCAUACACAUUCAACCACUGCAUAUGCGAUGCUUAUGGUGCAUUCAUGUUCAUGCAAGUUGUAUCAGAGUUCUGCAGAAUUCCCAACAGAACAUCUCCUUCCUCUUUACCAUCUUGGGGAAGAGAACUUCUGAAACCCCGUUCGCCUCCCAUUAUUUCCUACCCUCAUUCUGAAUACGACAGUUCUCCCCACAGUCCCAACAUCACUUUCACUGAGACACAAUUCAAACAAUUUGCUCAAACAUCAGUAUUUCUCUCUCGCACUGACAUAUUACUUCUGAAGAGCCAAAUUCCUGACCAGAAACUUCCAACCUUCGAUGCAGUUGCUGCAUGCUUAUGGAGGGCUAGAACUCGAACCCUCCUCAGCCCCAAAUCCACAACAAGACUUCUUUUUCCAAUUGACACCCGUUUUCGAUACAAGCCAUUGCUUCCCAAUGGUUACUAUGGGAGUGCUGUGGUUUUCCCCUGUGCCAUUACAGAGGCAGCCAAACUCAUUGAGAAACCAUUGCCUUAUGCUGCAAGUUUGAUCUCAGCAGUGAAACAGGGGGUCACUGGGGAUGAGUAUCGAGCUUCAGUUUUGGAUUUCAUCGAGGCCAAUGAGCACAGAGGGUUCUGUGCUGAAGGAGCAUUUGUGGUUUCAGACAUGACUCGUUUGAGAUUCACCGAUGUGGAUUUUGGUUGGGGCCAAGCUGUAUAUGGGGGACCAGCAAGAGCUGGUACUGGCUUGGUUCCUAUAAUGGUUACUUCUCUUAUAACUCAUAAGAAUGACAAGGGCGUUGAAGGAGUGCUGGCUCUGGUUUCUUUGCCUCUAGAAUUAAUGGAGAGGUUCCACAAAGAGAUAAGGAAAGAAAUUAAUAAUUUUGUUCCUUCAAGCUUCAUUUCUUCUGCACUGUAA